UUGAAGAAUUUAAAAUUUGAGAAAUAGAAAAAAAUAAUAUUUUCUAUUCGUGAGCAAAAAUAUUGUAAAUUUGUUCGAAUUUAUAGAGACUUAUUCAAGUGAAUUUGUCUAAUUUCUGUAACAAAAUUUAAAACCAGUUGUAAUAUGAACCAAAGUAAAUCAAUGAAGUGAACGUUUCAUUGGUUUGAAUAUCACAUUUGCAUCGAAAUCGACAAUUACAACAGAAAAGAAUUGCAAUGUGGGACCAAAUCAUACAGUUUGUGUUUAGUAUUCAACUUGUGGCGUUGAUAUUAAUUCUCAUUGGUGCUUAUGCAUUAUUAUGGUGGAGCAUUGAUAAUUUCAAAUCGAUUAUUCAAAUUAUUCGAAGUUUUCUGGUGCCAUAUUUUCAACCACACGAAGAUCUUCCACUCAGCGAAAAAUUCGGCAAUUGGGCAGUUGUGACAGGGAGCACCGAUGGCAUUGGACGAGAAUACGCCAAACAAUUGGCCAAUCGAGGCAUUAAUAUUGUACUUAUUUCAAGAACGAAAUCAAAAUUAAUUGAAGUGGCCAACGAAAUUGAAUCAUUAUAUCCAGUAAAGACAAAAUACAUCGUUGCAGAUUUUAGUAAUGGCAAAGAAAUAUACGAUGAAAUUGAAAAACAACUCAGCGGUAUUCCGGUCGGAAUUUUGGUGAAUAAUGUGGGACGAAUGUACGACUACCCUGACGAACUGGGCACAUUACCGCCUGAGUUCCUAUGGAGUUUACUCAACAUAAAUAUGGGAUCGGUGACUAUGAUGACGAGAAUGUUGAUCAAUGACAUGAAAAAACGUGGCAAAGGUGCCAUUGUAAAUAUAUCAUCGGGAAGUGAAUUACAACCAUUACCAUAUGCAGCUGUUUAUGGUGCUUGUAAGAUUUAUGUGAAGAAUUUCACAUUGGCCAUUCAGCAUGAGUUUGCACCGUAUGGCAUCUCCGUGCAAUUGAUCACACCACUUUAUGUGCGCACCAAAAUGAACAAUUACUCAACGACCGUAAUGAAAGGGAAUAUAUUUUGUCCGGACGUAGAAACAUAUACACGAUCAGCAGUAGCUAGUUUGGGAAGAACAAAUGAAACCACCGGCUAUUGGAUACAUGGUCUUCAGUAUGCAACAUGUAAAUUGGUGCCGACAUGGGCUCGAACAAUAAUUGGCGCAAAAUUGAAUGAAAAAUUUCGUGAUGAAUAUUUUGCACAACAAAAACCACAAGAUGUUAAAUAAUAAUUCAACAAGGCCAUUCCAUCAUCGAGCAUGAAUUUAUUACUAAAUAUGUUUGGAAUUGCAACAAAAAUAAAUUCCAUUUCAUUCGAAACUCAAAACAAAUAAAUAAUAAUCGCCGACAUUUAAAAAAAAAAACAUAAGUAUGAACUGAUUUAGUGAUUUCGUCAAAUUUGCUAGACACAUCGAAUUUGUAUGAUACUCUUGCAUGAGAAUAUCGGCAUUCUCUAGAAACCUAGAAAAUUAUCCUCAUUUUAUACAGAAUUCUCCACAUUUUUAUACGGUAUUUACUACACGCUGAAGGUGUAUUUUCUCAUUAAAUUAAAUUGCAUGAAAUGUAUCUCGUAAAUGGCUUCAAUACCGUGCAUGUUACAAAUAUUUGUUAUUUCCAAGUGAGUUCGCAUUUCCGAUAUUCGCCAUGUGUAAACAUAAAGAUUUUUUUUUAUAUUAUAAGAACUUGAUUAGAUUGAUUUUUUUAUUCACAAACACAGACAAACCGAAAGAUAACUAAUAUCGGAGCAAGGGUAAAGCAUUUCAUUUAUUUUUUCUUUUUGCUUGUUUUUGAUUCUUUACAAAAUAAUUAAAUAGUAUAUAUAUACAAUAUUGUAAUUACAAAAAAAAUA